CAAAUAUAAGCACGGGGACUCACAUGUCUGACGAAGGGAUUAUUACCGGGUUUUGUCAUGGCGACGGCCUAGAGGUGUCACAUGGUUCUAAUUCUUUAAUAGAAAAAGAUACUAUUUUAUUAGAUAAAUGUAAUACAGAGUUAUCUUUUAAAAGCAGUGAGAGUCAUGAUAAAGAAUGCCUAUUUCAAGAUGGCGGGAACUUGGUUGAUAUGGCGAUGUCACCCUCUCUCGUCGGAGGAGAGCGUCUCGGACCUUUUCGGGAUGGGGAUCACGAUGUGUUUAAUAUCAGUGGUCCACCAAGCGUGCUUACAUCGACCAGUGAAAGUGAUUCAUUACGUCUUGAUCAACCAUAUAUUGAUGAUAAAAAGGUGGAUGAAUGGUUAAAAUCUCAGCGAUCAGAUGUAAGUUUGUCAAGUGUUGCAUUCGAAAUUAAAAAUGAAACAAGCGAAGAUGUAAUGUUCGAGUCAGCAAGUUUGCCGGUACAGGAGCAGGAGUCAAAAUUUUCUAGUAGUAAUGGUGCUAUGAGUUUAGAUUUCAUUCCGUCAUAUUGUGAGAAAGAUUCACUGGAAGUAACAGAACCAAUUUUAAGUGAUUCAUCAAUUUUCCAAAAGCCAAAAGAUAUUGAUACUUUACCAACAUUAUUUGAAAACAGAAAUGAUAAGAGGAAAAAAAAUUAUUUUGCUACUGCCAAUCCUGUUAGUACUAUUAGUUUAGUUUCUGAAAAACAUAGAGAAACAGAAAAUACUACUUCUAGUGCUAAAAUUCUUUCUAGUACAAGUAUUCACUCAAAUGCUGUAAAACUUCAACCUAAUGAUAGCAUCAUUCUGAAUGUAUCAAACAGCAACAAAACAAUUGGGAACAAAUCUUUUGAAACUUGUGCCGAUGCGGUACUUUCAAAAAGUAUGCAAAUAACAGCCAUUAGUACUAGCAAUACAGAAAGUUGCCUGACUUCAGAGGAAAGAGCUUGCCUCGAAGAAUUAGAACGUGGCUCUCAACUUAGCCAAGAGGAACAAGAGUUAUUUGAAGAAAGUGCAAGGAAUCUUCAGGAUUGCCAAGGUAUUGAGUUCCAAACUCCUCAAGUAAGCUCAAGUAUUCCAGUGGAAAUAUUAUCCUUGGAUACAACUAAGCAAGUAAAGAAGAAUAAAAAAAAAAAUAGAAGAGAAGUGCUAUCAGAUGAAAACAGUUUGGUAAAGGAAACCGACUUAGAGCAUACAGUUUCUUCAUUAGUUGAAACAACUUCUGAGACCAACCUGGAAAAUGAUAACCAUGAAAUAGAUGGAGAAAGUCUUCCUGUUACUGGUGAUGUUAAUUCUGUUCAAGUUAUCGGAGUGAUGCCAUCUUAUUUAGGACAAGUUCUCCAGUUAAACCACACCAGUGUUGCAUUUCCAAGGAUGCGGUUAAUACCUUUAGAGUCCGUUCUGAGCCAGGGGUCAGCUUUAACUGAUGUAUUCCAGCCUGGAAAUAUGCCAGCUGUAAUUGUUACUCAGUCAGAAGGUGAAGUAGACGGUAUAGUUAAUUUCACUGAAAUUACUGGUAAAACCAAUGUGCAAGAGAAGAUGUUUCAAGUAUCUGAGACUGGAAUCUGUGAAGUUGAAACAGAAAAUAAAAGUCCAGAAGAUCUCAAAACUGCAGAAGAACCUACAAGUCCAGCAGGGGUUGUGAACAGUAUUCCACCUAGUGGUUCAAAGAAGAAGUACCAAUGUCCUCAUGCUGACUGCAAUCAUGCCUUUCCUGUGGAGAGUAAACUUAGAGUGCAUUUGCUGAAUCACGAUAGGGGAAGACCGUACAAAUGUACCAUAGAAGGCUGUGAUUGGUCUUUUGUGACAGCUUACAAAUUGAGACGCCACCUAGAAACUCAUGUUGGGAAAAAAGAUUAUCUGUGUGAUUUUGAAGGCUGCAAUCGUCGUUUUACCACCAUCUACAACUUGAACUCUCACAAGAGGCUACACAAACGACCAAAAUCUUUAGCUUGCCCCUCACCAGGUUGUGGGCAAACUUUUGCAACUCGCAGAAAAAUGGAACUACAUUUAAAAGUUCAUGAUGAUGUUGAUGCCCCAUACAUGUGUCCAGUGUCUAGCUGUGGUAAAGGAUAUUAUUCUGCUAAUUCCAUGGCAUCACAUCUACGUGUUCAUCAGCACAAAGAGGAGGACUUGAAGUGCCCUUAUGAAAACUGUUUAAAGGUUUUUGGUCGAGUGUGUAGGUUGAAACAGCACUUACGACAGCACACAGGAGAACGGCCUUAUGUUUGUAAUUUUGAAGGUUGUGGGUGGACCUUUGUCAGUGCCAGUAAACUAACCAGACACAUGAGAAAACACACAGGAGAAAGGAAGUAUGCCUGUCCAGAAGAAGGCUGUGGGAAAUCUUUCAUGCGCCCUGAGCACUUGAAGGGGCACAUGGUUGUUCAUUCAGGAGAUAAACCAUUUGCUUGCCACUUUGAAAACUGUAACGCUCGUUUUACGGCCAGGUCGAGCCUAUAUGUUCAUGUCAAGAAGCACUCUGGAACUCAUGAGAAACUGGUGUACCCAUGUCCUAUUGCUUCGUGUAGCAAGAAGUACAACUGUAAAUCCAGCUUACGACUUCACCUGCAAAAAGUACACUCUUCGAUUUUAGAAUGUACAAACCAAGAUUAUGUGACAGAUUAUGUCACAUACUUAUCUACAGAAGAACUUCGAGAAAUUUUUUCUACUGAAGACACAGCAUCAGAACUUGCAUCUGAAUUGCCUACUAUACCAAUAUCCGUAGCUGCUACAAGUGGAAUACAGGAAACACAGUUGCUAACUUCUGAUAAGGUGGUCUUCAAUUCAUCGCAGUUAUUGUUACCAGAAAUGUUUGCAGAGUUGGUUGAAACACCUGUAACACGAGUGUCUCAAAUUGUUGGUCCAGCCCAGGUUGUUAUAAACUCAGGUGUAACGUCAGGCAGCUUUGUGGAUGUGAACAUGACAACUGCUCACGUUGAUGUAACAUCCAUAAAUAAUAUCCCAGACCAACUCUCGGAAGUUAUGAUGAGCAUCAGGGAUGUGGAUCUGGCAGCUUGUUGUGUCCAGCAGGAAAAUAACAGUGGAUCUGCUCGUACAGACUUCUGUAGCAACCACAUCCUCAGUCGUCGUUCACAAAAUCAAAGACAGAAGCAAUUAAAACUUAACCUAAGCUGUUCUCCAGGAGAAAGAAAGUCAGCAAUCAAAGAGUUAAAACUCGAGCCCAAACAAAACAAAGUGAGAUCAGUACAUUCUGUUGGAGAUAUAAUGCUAACCCAAUCUGCUAUAACCUUUCAAGAUUCAAACCCAGGAUCUCAACUGAUGCAGUCUCAACUUCUACAGGAUGACCUAUCGGUUUCUGGAGGUGAUAUCUACACUGAGGAUCAGGUUCUCACGCCUGUUUCUCUGCUUCAAGAGUCGACUGUUAACGAUCCAACUUCUGCAAGCACUGAUUUUGUGUCCACAUCCUCAGGGGUUGGAGAAUUUCAUGGGUCUACAGUGAAUCUCCAAGAUCUUGACUGAAAUGUACCUGUGAUAUACUUGCCAUUGAUUGUGAAGUGGCAGUACUUUGGUGAUAAAUUAUUUUAAUUGUCUUGUAAUUUGACAUGUGCUUGGUAUAUAUUUGUUUUUCCAGGAGCUAAGAAACUAAGGCUACAAAAAAAAACAAUUUUAUGAAAACAAUUCGUAGAAAAGAAGGAAAAAACAAAACUAGUAAUCUUUUGGAAUAAGAAAAACCAUUAGUUGUUUUCAACAAAUUUCUCUUAAUUUUUUUUAAAGAAAAAUAAUUAGGCUGGCACACUUCUUAUUGCUGGAAAUCUUGAUGUAAAUAAAAUAAAGCAGACAAGCGAAGCACACCAAAUGCUUAGAAAACAAAUAUUAAUUGAUUAGAAACCAAUGAUAAAUUUUGUUUUAUGAAGUAAUAUUUUGACAUAAAGUAUUACACCCAUCUAAUAUAAUCACUGAAAAUCGUAGACUUGUUUUUAUCACAUACAUAAGAGCUUUUAUUAUAACAUUAUGGUGCAGGAAAAGUCUUUUCAAGAUUUCAGUGUCAGAAGAAACGUUUUUUUUUUUUCUUACAGCAUGUUUAUUAUGCCAUUGUUUUUAAGUGUUUGUUUAGAAUAAUGAUUCAGGUGUUAUUAUUUUGUUCUAUAGGAAGCAGUACUAGUUAUUUAAAAUAUUAACUUUAAUUUUGUCUUGGUGCAUGGUUGUGCUGAAUGUUUGAAAUCAGGUUUUUGUUAAACAAACCAAUUAGUUGAUGAUACUGAAUGAAAUUUUUUUAAAUAUUUGCUUAAAUGAAUUCUUAAUGUGUCAACUAUUAUGCUUAAUUCUUGGCAAAUGGUGCUAAUAACGUUUUGGUUAAAAAUUAGAAAAUAAUACACACAUGCUUUAUAUUUGGUGAAAUGAAUAUGAAAGUAAACUUAGUUUUUAUAAAGAUUGCCUGUCAAUUAGAAGUAUGUUAUACUGAACCCAGCAUUAUGUUUCAGAUUAGUUGUAAAGCUUUCUUAAUCUGAAGCAAUCUUUUGGGAUGUUUUUUCAUUUGUCUGCUACUUAUUGGUGAUGCCAGGUAUUAUAACUUUUGUUCAGGAUAUUUAAAUAAGGAUUGUACCAAUCAACAGAAUUUGAGUAUGGCUUUAGUGUGAUGUAACAAUAAGGGUUACACCUUCAUCCAGCAAUAUUUGUAAUAUACUAUCCUGUUUUGAAAUUUAAAAAGAAACUUACAUAUUAAAAAUAAAUAUACUAAAUUGUGACAGAGCAGAGUUUUGUUUUGGACUUUUAUAUUUAAUAAAAUGUCUAGAUGAUUUUUAUUAACUUUAGAAGAAGUUAUUAAAAAUAUUUAAAAGUCUAUAAAUUGUAAUGUGGGAAAAUAUCAAAUGCAUGCUUCUAAUUUGUUUUUAAUUAUGCAGAUAAUUUUUAUUGUUUAUGUAUUUUAAAAAAAAAUUACAACCAGUUAUGCUGGCUUUAUUGUAUUUGGUAUUUUUCCAUACAAUUUUACUAAUUCUUGCAGACUUUCAUAUGGAUCCUGAUUUUGAUGGUUUGCAGCCACCUUAAUUAUAUGAACAUCUUCUAGUCUAAUACUUCAUUCUUGUAGCAAUUUGAGAUUAGGCUGGCACACUUCUUAUUGCAGGAAGUCUUAAUGCAAAUUAAAAUAGCUAGAGGAGUGAAGCACACCAUAUGCUUAAGAAAACAAAUAUUAAUUGAUUAGAUACCAAUGAGAAAAUGUUUGUUUUAUUUAGUAAUAUUUUGUCAUGUCCCAAGCACAAUCCUUGCUGCAUUCCAUAAACCAUCUGUUGUAUGGUGACAGUGGUUUCCUAGUGCCCAUUUCAACUGUCUGAUUGUUUUAGCACCCUUAUUAGAAAUAUAAUUGUGUAAGUAGAGUCAGUUCUUCAGGCAUGAAGAGUACAGUUAACUUUGGUUCACAAGCAUUGUAUUAUACUGUUCAGUGCUAUAAGUGUAAACUUUUAUUUUAAGGUUUCAUAAAGAGGUUGAGUAUGUUAGGUUAAAAUUGUUUAGGAGCCUCACCAUAUCCAUUCAUGCUUUAUCUGACAGCCUUGCAUCUUGUCAAUAACUAAUGGAAUAGGAUCUUUCAUAAGGCUGUCAAGUCCAAAGCACAUCACUCCUUGCCAUAUUCCAUAAACCAUCUGGUGUAUGAAGACAGUGGUUUCCCAAUACCCAUUUCAAGUCUAAUUGUACAGAAAUCCAUGGACAUGCAUUUGGUAAUUUGACCAGUAUUGUCUUCUUAUGGAAUAACAUGAAUACCCAUUUCAUUCUUCAGCUACUUGAAGUAUGCGAUGGUUUAACGGAUAUGUUGUGGAAGUAACUUGUGUACACAAGACUUAUGUUGCUUUUCUAGAUAGAGAUCCUUCUUAAUUAUGUUACCACUGAGCUUUUUACUUGUGGAUUCUUACCUAUUACAAUUUACUUACCAUAGCUGGACCAUGACUUUUUGCAGGUCUCUUUCUAAAUUGUUCAAAGCCCCAAGCUGAUCCAUAUUCCUUUGUUUUUCAAUGUCAUUAAGUACAAGGGGUAUCCCCAUCAUGGAAAUUCUAUAUCUCUGAUCAGUGUGUGUGAAUAUUUUGCAUUGGAAAAAAGACUGUUACAUACCCUUCCCAAAAGCAAUCAAUUUUUGAUGGUAUCACCCUACUUAUGAAAUGCCAAACAAUGUCAAGUUGUAAAUUAAUACAUGCCAUUCCAUUGUGACUUUACACUGGCUGUGGUUGUCAUGCGACUUGCUUAUUUUCACAUUCAAAUGGUUUUGAUAUAAUGUACUCAACCUCUGUAUCUAUAUCCAGGUCUGAAUAAAAACCUUUGUUAUAGGUCAUUUAUCAACAAUGUUUGAUUAAAAUAUGAUAUCCAUGUAUGAACAAAACAUUUCAUGUCUUAUCACUUUUCAAGUUGUCGACUCUAGAAUGAUUAAUUCAGUGUUAUCAAUUCUAACAUCCUUUAAGAUGUUUGUUCUUUGUAAUUUUAGGAAAUGAACAUGUGGAUUGAAAUCUCUUAA